UGUUUGAAUCAACAAAGAACAAAGAGUUCAUAGCGAAGCAAAACUCAAAGCAGAGUAAAGGAAGUGAAGAAAUGUCUCUAAUUCCGAGCAUUUUUGGAGGUCGACGAACGAAUGUGUUUGAUCCAUUUUCACUUGACGUAUGGGAUCCAUUCCAAGGAUUGGCAAACACACCGGCUAAGGACGACGUGGCAGCGUUCACAAACGCUAAAGUAGAUUGGAGGGAGACACCUGAGGCGCACGUGUUCAAGGCAGACUUACCGGGGCUGAAGAAGGAAGAGGUGAAGGUGGAGGUUGAAGAUGGCAAUAUUUUACAGAUAAGUGGAGAGAGGAGCAGUGAGAAUGAAGAGAAGAAUGACAAGUGGCACCGUGUAGAGAGGUCGAGUGGGAAGUUCAUGAGGAGGUUUAGGUUGCCGGAGAAUGCGAAGAUGGAGGAAGCGAAGGCCACUAUGGAGGAUGGUGUCUUGUCAGUUACGGUGCCGAAAGUGCCAGAGAAGAAGCCUGAGGUCAAGUCCAUUGAUAUCUCUGGUUGAGGAAACUUUAAAGUUUGGAAAUUGGAAACAAAAUGUGUGAUGUGUGAGAUAAUUAAAUGGUGCGAUUUUUCUUUUCUUUCCUUUCUUUUUUCCUUGUAAUCAUGAAUCUCGUUGUACCAAUACCUUAAUAAUAAAGUGUUUGAAAUAUAGAUGCUUCCAUUGA